AUGGCACACCCACGAGCUUCAUGGGAGCGAGAGCAGCGCGUGUUUUCUUUUCAAUCGACCUGCUAUAUUAAGACAAUUAGUUAUGCCAUGAAAACGGCACUGGAGUCUGCAUUGGUGGUGCAGCUUUUUGGAGAAGAUUCGGACGUGUAUAUUGGUGCAGACGAAGAUUAUGACUGUGAAGCAAUUGACGUCAGCUGUGGAUCCGAUAUGGACUUGUCAGUGCAGUCCAUUUCGAUGGACAAAGCCUCGGUGCAAGUCAUUUCCACGUCACAGCGGCACCUCAUGAUCUCGACACCGUCACAGCUAUAG